UCCUCUUCGUCUCCCGAGCACCUACCCCAACCCCGACCCCAAUCCCCAUCCCCAUCCCACCCGAUGCGCCUCUGAACUAGUACCACUCCAGUCAAGUGCCCCCGUGGAGCCUCCGUCCCGCCUCCACCCCGUCCGCCGCUUCGGCCAUUGGCCUCUGAGAUUUCGGUCUUCCAGGAGUGACAGAAGCGAAAUGGAGACGAAUGAGAAGAACGCCGCUGAUUUGGAGGACAAGAACCAGCCCAGCGGGCACGGCCAGCAGCCGAGCUUCCACGGGCCCGGGUUCUCGCUCUCGCCGGAAGCUCAGAUGGAUUCUUCCAGCAGUGCGCUGGCCGCCAUGGGGAACCCGUUCCCUCCUGGCUUGUGGAACCCACCUGGCCAGAACUUCGGGCUGGGGGAGACCAACACUAACGCUAUGCUUAAUGGGCACCAGUUCUCCUCGUUCUUGGGGAUGCUGUCAGCAGCGACGCCCGCAUAUCCCGGCGCCCAGUCGGGGUUCAUGGAUUGUGGGGCAGGGUUUCCUGGCUUAAGUGCAAACAGUCUUGGAGCCAUGAUGGAUCACCCUUUUUCUAGGAACCCUGCUAUGGGUAGUUUCCAAAACGAUAUUGAGACGUCUAGGGAGAUGAAUGUGGACGAAGGUUGCAAGGAUGCAUUAUUGACCGGUGAUAGGCAGCAAGGAGACACCGAGAGUUCACAUGGUGUUGAUGCCUCUAGCAAGGAGUUAAGCAAGCCGGAGUGCAGUGGUGGCGCUGGUCAGGAUGAAGGGCCUAGUGUCUCUUGUCCCAAGAAGAGGAAAAGACCAAGCCAGGAUCGUGGGGUGAAGCAUGUACAAGAAGGGAGCCAGCAAUUGGCAACUCUGGCUGCAAAGCAGGAGAAAGAUGACGACGACAAAGAUGAACCAAAGAGGCCUAUUGGGACAUCCAGAAAGUCCAACGGGAAGCAAACUGAGGAUAAAUCUGAUGCGCCAAAGGAAGAUUACAUUCAUAUAAGAGCUCGAAGUGGCCAGGCUACAAACAGCCAUAGUCUUGCAGAAAGGGUUCGGAGGGAAAAGAUUAGUGAAAGGAUGAAAUUUCUUCAGGACCUUGUUCCUGGUUGUAGUAAAGUCAUUGGUAAGGCCGUUAUGCUGGAUGAGAUAAUCAAUUAUGUUCAAUCAUUACAGCGGCAAGUUGAGUUUUUGUCGAUGAAACUUUCAGCUGUCAAUCCAGCACUAGACUUCAACAUAGAGCGCAUUCUAUCUAAGGAUUUAUUUCAGUCUCAAGGAACUGCAUCGUCUACCUUUGGCUUCUUACCAGACAUUGGCCAUCAAUUUUUGCAUCCACCAAAACAUUCUCAAGCUGCGUUGCACAGCAUUGUAAAUCCCGCCGAUGCAUUUGGAAGGGUAACAAAUGCUCCGGUAGGAUGUACAUUCAAAGAGGCCACACAUCAGGUGCCCAAUAAUUUUGAUGGAGAGUUCCACAACGUGAUUGGGAUGCCUUUUACCCUGUUUAAUGACCAUGAAUCAAAUGAUAAACCUUGAGCAAUAGAUUCCACAACCGAAGCAAGAAAUCAUAACGGGCCAAGAGAUUUCAACAGAACAACAUGUGAGCUUGUUGACACUGUUCCACUAGCUCGCAUUUGAGCACUGAAGUAUAUCCAUCCAAAUUGCUUAAUUGUUGAUUUCCCAAUAUUGGAAUCAGCACUUGAGAUAUCCUAUAGAGGCCCUUUCCUCAGAUGUACCAUUUGCUAUUGGAGGAAGCUGGAGAUCCGACUCUCGGGAUGUCCACAUGGAGAUUUCAAGCUUUACAUUCUCCUCUGAAAAUUUACGUGUAUAACUAUUGGUGAUUCAACAAUCUUUGCAUCAUGAUGGUGAGUUCCAUUUUGCCAGAAGGUGGCUGUAUCUGGGUACCAUCUAGUUCAGACCCAGUAAUAUUGUAAAAUGCUCUCUUUCUGCAAGAUUCACACUCCGCGGUAUAAUAUAACAGCCUUUGGUUUGUUAGUUGCUAGUAUCGUGAGAGUGAAAGAAGAAUCUUUGUUGUACUUCUAUGGCUGCGCACGCAACCAUAUAGAACUGUGUACUGGUUUUCGAUUUCUUGAGAAUAAACGAGGCCUGAGAAUGGGCCUAUUUUCA